UCCUACUUGCGUUGUUCAAUCCGAAUUGAGGGCUCCUGUUAAAGCCAUGUGCUAUUGACAUGGGUCUAUUUUCAAUUCAUGGAUCCUCGAAGGCCCAGGGACUGGGUCUUCUGGUUUGUCUCCUAUUACUCGCAAUCCAAAUUGGUCACAUUGAGGCCUCAUCUUCUUUAGUUGGAUCAUCUCAAUCGAAGGCAGCUUUGAUCCCGAGCCUCAAAGAUCAAAAGCUCCAAGUGUUCCAAUCCGAGCGAAAUGAGGAAGAGAAAAUCGAGUAUGAGGUCUUUCAUGUGGAAUUUGAUCGCGUCAAACUGCCAUUUGUGAUUUCCUUAUGGAUCUUGGUCUCAACCAUGACCAAGAUUGCGUUCCAUAUGGUUCCCAAAUUGGACACCCAUAUACCGGAAUCUUGCAUGCUUAUCGUGGUGGGAAUUGUGGUGGGGAUCGUUUUGUUUUAUGUGGGUGAUACCGUGCCCGUAUUCAUGUCGCCAGACACAUUCUUCCUCUACCUACUGCCCCCCAUUAUUCUGGAAGCUGGAUAUCUCAUGCCUAAUCGAUUGUUCUUCGAUCAUCUGGGAACGAUCUUGCUAAUGGCCGUGAUUGGAACCAUUUUUAACAUGCUCACCAUUGGGGGCUCAAUUUAUGGCUUGGGAUUGACGGGAAUCUAUGGGGACAACCCACCGGGGAUCUUGGAGACGUUUUUGUUUGCCUCGCUAAUCGUGGCUGUGGAUCCAGUGGCGGUAUUGGCCACGUUCAAAGAGAUCAAAGUCGAUGAUAUCCUAAAUAUUGUGGUUUUUGGCGAGUCAUUGCUGAACGAUGCCGUCACAGUUGUACUCUAUCAUAUGUUCGAGGCCUAUGUGGACAUUGGCGAGGAGAAUAUCGAGACCACAGAUGUCUUCAAAGGAGUGGCGAGUUUCAUUGUCGUGGCUGGCGGUGGAACAUUGAUUGGAAUCAUUUACGGGUUUCUAACGGCCUUCGUCACACGAUUCAGCAGAUUCUCUCACAUUCUCGAGCCUUUGGUAGUGGUGGCUGCCGGUUACAUGUCUUACUUGACAGCUGAAAUCUUUCACAUGUCUGGCAUUUUAGCUUUGACGUUCUGCGGAAUCACCAUGAAGAAUUACGUCGAGCGUAAUAUCAAUGAUGAGUCCUCGACUGUCCUACACGGCGUCAUCGAAAUGUUGGCCAACUCGGCCGAAACCAUCAUUUUCGUUUUUCUGGGAGUUGCUGCUGUUACCGCGGACCAUGAAUGGAACUGGAUCUUUGUAGUGACCACUAUUGUCUUGUGCACAAUUUUUAGAAUUCUAGGUGUGCUGCUUCUGGCAGCCUUGGCCAAUCGGUUCCGUCUUCAUAAAUUAAAGCCGGUAGAUCAAUUUGUCAUGAUGUACGGAGGAUUAAGGGGAGCCGUGGCUUUUGCCCUGGUUCUACUAAUCGAUAAGAAAAAAGUUCCAUCGGCUCCUUUGUUCGUUACCACGACCUUGGCCGUGAUCUAUUGGACCGUGUUUGCUCAAGGCAUCACUUUCAAGCCUCUGGUCAAGUUCCUGAAGGUCAAAUCCAGCACGGCCAAGGCGCCCACGAUGAAUGAGAGAAUGGCCGGGCGAAUGAUGGACUUCGUGGUUUGGGGAAUUGAAGGCGUUUGGGGAGAACGGAGCACGAUUAGAUUUCGCGAGUCAUACCGCGAUUGGGAUCGCAAAUACAUUAUGCCCAUCAUGCACAGUGACAAACAACUCAAGGAUCCCAAGAUCUUCGAGACCUUCUCGCGCUUAGCUCGACUCGAGGCCCUGGAAGGCAAAGGAUUUGGUUACGGCCAUCAUCGGCACGCCUAUCCCAAAGACGAAUCAUCAGAUGAUUCUGCAGGCGAAGACGAUAACAAUGUUCAAUUUACCGUGGAACCUCAGCUGAACCAGUCCGAAAUGCUCCAAAAACUUGAUGACGAAAUGAUGAUUCCGGGUGAAAGGCCUCGUCGAGACUCGUUUGUUCACACUUUUGAUAACCAACUCACAUUGGACAAAAACUCCAAGUGGAUUGCUUCCGAGGCCAAACGCCGCUUGAGUGAGGCCAGUGCCCUGA